AUGACUUCGAAGAAGUUUGGCUUCAGUGCUGCAGCAGAGCUUGGGCUAGGGUUAGGGUGUCCGUCGGAGUGGCGGUGCAAGAUCUUGAAGUUGCAGCUAUUGAAGCUAUUGCAGCCGGGAGAGGUUGAGCGCCUCAACAAGGAGCUGGGUGGACUGCGAGAGAAGUUGGAGCGGACCCAGGCGCAGAUCUCAGGGGAGCGCUCUGCGAUGCAGCAAAUCGACGAGUUGGACAGCCUGCUUCGUUUCUCCAAGGCCGAGGCUCGCUCGCUUCGCUCGGUUCGCUGGAAGCCGAUGUGUUGUGCGAGCCUUGAGCACUGCCAAAACAUCCUCCGCCAGCCUUGGAGGAACCAGGCGCUGAGGUUGGUCACUGAGGAGGCCUUGCUGUCCAGUGCCCGACUGGCAAGAGCUUUCUCAAACCUGGAUCAGCGGGUUCAGGCUUCAGGUGCUGCCUCUACAGGGCGUGCACCUGAGACACAUCCGAAGAGCAGGCCUCAGCGCCCUGUCUCUAGAUCCCCCCGAAGGGAUCAGAGGCCUCCUCUCCCCCGGUCCCCGGCUCGUGCUGCACCAGCUGAGCCGCGUGCGGACAGGGAGUCAGAGAGCGACUUCCUGGAGGAAGAGGAAGAAGAGGAGGAGGAGCCCGACACCGAGGUGAAGCGGGAGCGUCACGGUGACGACAAGCCGCCAGAGCCCGAAGGUCUUCCACCUGGCCGCUACGAGGGUCGGUCUUCGGACAAGAGGAGCGAGCGUAGGGAACAGCAUCACUCAGAAGGCAAGAAGGAGCAUCACCGCUCAGGCGGUUCAGGCAAGAAGAAGAAGCGGCGAGGCGGCACAAAGCAUCAACGCCGGUACAGGGACCUGGAGAACCCCUUCCGAAGGAGUCACAGGAAGAUCCGCCCUGACCAGCUGGAGCUGGCCACUUCGUUGGAAGAAGGGCUGGCCCCAAAGCCUACCACCGUACAGCAAUACAAUGUGGAAGAGGCAGCGCUUUGGGCUCAUCGGCACCUGCCUCCGGGUUCGGUGCUGGAGUUCACCUCAAUGGGAGAAGAUGGGGCGACACCAGAAGGGUUGGUUGCCCUCCUAGUGACUGGCUAUCACAGUCAGCCCGACGGCAUCUGGCUGGAAGUCAACGUGCUGGGUGCCGAGGAAGAAGGUACAAAAAAGGAGAUGCAGAAGUAUUUCAAGAACGGUCGGCGGCAAGUUCACGUCUGCAUGCCCGACUCUCAAGGGGCGUGCCCUUUGAAGGGCGAGAAUGGAUUGCACCUGACCGCAUUUCGCUGGUUCCCGCCGGGCGAUUAUGCGGCAGAUUUCCUGAACGCCUAUGCUAUGAAAAAGGUUCGAGAAGGGCCCAAGAUGGAGCUGGCGGCCCAAGAAAGAGAAAAGAGGAGGAGGAGCAAGAAGCCAGCAGCCGAGCCACCUCCUGGCGAAACCGAUACCGAGAGGAGACUGGCUGCUUUGCGAGGAACCUCGCCGCGAGUUACCUUUGCAGAUCCGCCGGUAAGACCGCUCUCUUCUUCUCGUCCCGCUGGAGAGCUGGCUGGACCCCGGGUUGGGGCCUUGAGGCGGCCUGGGGAAGGCCGUGCCGCUCCGGGACCAGCGGGAGCAAUCCUCGACAAGGUGAAGACGGAGACGAUCGAUCUGACGCGCGACAAGAGCAGGUCGCUGUCGAAGGCCCGAGGCAGGAAGAAGAGCCGUGUCGGGGAGGCGCUGGCUCAGGCUGCUCUCUCACAGCAACAGAGCCAGCCCAAGAGGGACUCGAGUCGAAGCCGAAGGAGGAGGAAGAGAAAGAGGAAAGGUCGAAAGAGGAGCAGCGACGAGGACAGCAGUUACUCGGCCAGCUCGUCAGAGAGCAGCUCGUUGCACCCUCCCCUAAAGCGGAGGUCCAUGAAGGACCCAGGGUCGGUGCUGAGGAUGCUCGAGCAUCAGGCCUACGAGUUCCUUGCCCAGGAUGGCAUUGUGGACGAGGAGAAGGAGGACGAGAAUCAGGGGCAGCGGCCCAAGCUGGUGACCUACUACCAGCUGGCCUUGAGGCCCAGCAUGGACCCAAGAAGCAGAGACGCCAAAGAGUUGGCUCUCCUCUGCCGAGCGCUGGACAUGCUGCGCGACGGGCGUUUGGACGCGAUGGGAGACUUGUUGGCCGCUCGUCUGAUGGCAGUCGAGACGGCGACAAAACAAGGCUGGGCCACGGCGCGUCAUUUGGAGAUCAAUGCGGAGGAGGAAGGCACCACACCAGCUCAUGUGCUGUUAGCAGCACAAAAGCAUGGGAAGCAGGUCGAGAAGGCAGGAGGAAAAGGAAGCUGGAGCCAGUUGCAGAGCUGGUCAGGCGGUUGGUAUGGAAGCAGCGGCAAGAGUGAGGAGAGAAAGGAGACGCGAAGAAGGGCCAAGAAGGGGGCCCUUGAAGAGAGGUAUGAAGGUGGUAUAAAGGUCCGAGAAGGGCCUCCGGAGGAGACUACAGCUGCGGGAGCUGGGGCGGGGAAUUCUGGCCCUGAGCUCCCUGGUGUUGCUGACUUGGAGGAGUCUUGCAUGCCCGAAAGGGAUAUAACCCUAGCGGCCGACGUGCUGCUGGGGGCAGGUGAUGACACUACGAAGGCGCCAUCCCUUUGUGACACAGGCGCUCUGCAUGACAGGAAGAGUGGCUUCUGCGGACCAGGGGUGAACCUGGGUUCGCAGGCCAGCUAUGAUGAGUGGCUUGGAUCUCUAAGCCAGGUUUCAAGCAUCAGGCAGCUGGGGAUUUUACUGGCAUGGGGGCAACUGUCCGGGCAUAUGCUUUUUGGCAAUUCUAGUGCUGGACCACCACAGGUUUUUGGUGAUGAGACCGGGCAAUGCCUUAACGGUAUGUUCGGUGUUGUGAAACCCGGGAAAUUUACAUCGAGUGGAACCCCAGUUCUGCGUGUCAUCAUGAAUCUCAUACCGGCAAACCGACUGUUCCAGGUGAUUAUUGGCGAUGUUCAACUUCUUCCAAGUGGGGCGGCUUGGAUACCACUUGUGGUGAACGAGCACGAGGAGCUCAGGGUAUCACAAGGCGACAUGAGCUCGGCCUUUUAUCUAUAUUCCAUCCCAGAAGCAUGGCACCGCUAUCUGUGCUUCAAUUUCUCUGCAGAUGGGGCAGCAAUAGGGCGGUUGCCUGGGGUCUCGUACAGACCCUGUUGCGUUGUGCUUCCGAUGGGAUGGAAUUCAAGCGUGGGCAUCAUGCAACAGCUCUCUAGGGAACUGCUGCUGAUGCGUGAUCUCCCGGCUGGGUUGGAAGUCCACAAGGGGCGGCCCGUGCCUGGUUGGUUUACAAACGUGGUGGAGCAAGCGACAUCAACUCGUGCCUGGUGGCAAGUCUAUCUUGACAACUUCAUGGCUGCGGAGCGAGUGGAAGGGACCUACAAGGAGUUGGACAUGGACUUGCAAUCUCAAGCGAUGCGAGCUUGGCACGCUACUGGUGUCCUUACCGCCGAUGACAAACAGGUACUUGGGGCCCUUGAUGCGGUUGAGCUAGGCAUCAGGCUGGAUGGACAUCAUGGCUUACUUAGGGCCUCUGCGGAGCGUCUGUUUAAGACCUCGCUGGCCACGAUACGCAUCCUCCAGCUAAGGGGCGGCUCGAAGAAAGAAGCGCAGAUCGUAUUGGGCCGAUGGGUAUUCAUCUUACAGUUCCGGAGAGCUGCCAUGGGCGUGCUCUCCAGGUCAUGGGAUGCCAUCGAAUCGCUGUGGGUCAGCCCAAAAGGGAAGAACCUAAUGCUGCAGGAACUCCAGAUGUUGCUUUGUUUGGGACCUAUACUACAAACCGAUCUGCGGUGCGACUACGAUGGGACGGUGACUUGCUCGGAUGCCUCGGAGACCGGAGGUGCAGCUGCUCAGAGCCUAGGCCUGAGCUGGUCGGGGCAGUCCUUAGUGAGCUCGCUACAAAAUCCCCUGAUGCGGCCUUUGGAAUACCCCCUGUUGAUUAUAUCAGUAUUUAAUGGGGUCGGUGGAGCCUUCCGCCUGUAUGACAUCUUGGGCAUAACUCCACUUGGUCGCAUCAGCAUCGAAAUUUCCAAAGACGCCAACAGGGUCACUCGGUGCACCUGGCCCGGCGUGGAGGAGCUGUUAGAUGUGGAGGAGCUCACGAAGGCGGACGUGCAAAGGUGGGCCAAUAUGUACCCCCGGGUACUGGAGGUGCACCUGUGGGCCGGCUUCCCUUGCGUUCACCUGUCGAGGGUGAGGGCUUACCGCCAAAACCUGCAAGGGGACGGGUCGCGGCUAUUCUGGAAGCUGCUGGAGUUACUCAGGUGGGUCCAGGAGGUUUUCGAGCCCCAUGCAAAGGUUCGCUUUUGCGUCGAAAACGUGGCCUCAAUGGAUGAAGACGCAAGGCGCGAAAUAAGUCAAUGCCUUGACGUCCAGCCGGUCAAGUUGGAUCCUUCUGACACUCUCCCCUUCAACCGGCCACGGUUGGCGUGGUGCUCAGAAACCCUCUAUGAGAUGGAGGAGCUCAGCCUGUGGACAGAGGGUGACUACGUACGGGCGUAUGUCCAGGCCGGGGAAGUCGAAGACUCUCAAUGGAUUCGACCAGGCUGGUCCUGGCCUGGGGGGGACGAUGGGCAGACCCGAUUGCCCACCUUCAUGAAGGCUAUUGCGCGACAUGCGCCUCCCCCUUAUCCAGCGGGCUUGAACAAAGCCACGCUGGAUGCCCAAGAGCGCUGGCGUAAUGAUAGCUUCAGGUUCCCUCCCUAUCAAUACGACCAAAAGUAUCUUCUACACCACCAGGACCAUGAACCCAGACUCCUGGACUCGUCCGAGCGCGAGCUGCUACUUGGCCUAGGCCCUGGGCAUACCUCGACAUGCCGUUCGGCUUCAGUGGCGAAAGCAAAUUGGCAGGCCUACGAGGACAGCAGGAAAAGCCUGUGCGGGGAUUCCUUUGCUGUGUCCUCCUUCGCCAUCAUGGCGGCGGCCAUGUGUGCGGAAUGGGCCCCUCGGAUGAAGCCUUCUCAAAUCAUCCGCAGACUUGGGCUGGCCCCUGGGGCCUCUGCCCAUCCAUCUGUAGCCGUGCCCAUGGGCAGAUGGCUAGCUUACGGUGGUGACGGUGGCGAAGAUCAUCCCGGAGAUCAGCUUGUUAGGGAGCAGGCAAUAAUGCCGGGUGUGCUGCCUCGAGCAUUUCUUGCCGGCCGAACCCGCGCGGACCGUCAGCGGCAACGCGCUGGUACCAGGCUCCGGGAUUUCUCCAUUACGCCCAAGACCCGUGCUCGCUAUGAGGCAGCUGUCGGGCGCAUCUUGCCUUACCUUGAGGCCCAACCUCAUCUACACCACCUUGAUGAGGUCAUUUGCGACUGGAUCGAGUGGCAAUGGGCCCGAGGCGAGAGCGUUGGGGUUAUAGCCGAUGCGCUCUCAGGCCUCCACUUCUAUUGGCCAGAGGUGCGGGGGCACCUACGUGGUGCCUGGCGCCUUUUUAAACAUUGGAGGAAGGUAGAAAGCCCAUGCCGAGCCCCUCCGCUGACAUGGGAGCUGGCUCGGGCCUUUGUGGCUAGAGCUGUCGCUACGAACGACAUUGCUCUUGCCACCCUAGUGGCGCUUGGGUUUCAUGGUCUCCUUCGCACCGGAGAGCUUCUUGGACUCCGCUUUGGAGAUAUUGAAUUCAAUCAAUCCUGCGGAGUGGUUAGCCUACAACAGUCCAAAACCGGCCACCGCACUGGGUCGCAAGAAGCCAUUGCGGUGAGGGAUAGUCUCACCUUGCAAUUGCUGAGCACAAUGGUGGCCAUCAGGCACCCAUGUGCUGGCGACCUCUUGUGGCCGCAUUCGGGGCAAUCCUUUCGCUCAGGCUUUCGGGCCUUGUGCGAUUACUUCCAGGUCGCUGGGCUCCAUUUCAAGCCCUACUCUCUUCGGAGAGGAGCCUACAAGUCGCGCGCCUCUACCUCCAAGAUGGCAUGGCGCAAAUUCCAGGACUGCGAAGCUCCGCAGGUCACGCGGCUUCAAACAGAGCUCGAGUCUGUCAAGAAGCAGGAGACCGAGUUGAGGAGAGGGAAGUACAGGUACGAAAUCGACAUGGCCAAGGUGACGCAAGAAAACCAAAAAAAUCAGGAGGAGCUAGUGCGCCUGCGGUUUCAGACACAAAGCCAAGAGGGCAUUCCAUCUUCGGUAGUUCUGGCGGAAACUCUGGACACUGCCAAAAAGGAUCUCGAGGCUAAAGACACGGUUAUCCGUGAACUGCAACUUGCGGGGACCAGGGCUGGCGCCCAGUUGGUGGACUUGAUGGAGAAGCAAAGGCAAAGUGAAAUUCUGCUCCGCCGAGUGCCAGAACUUGAAGCUGAAAACCACGCCUUGCGGCAAGAGCUCAACGGGAAGGUGGCCGAGUUGUCAGCGUUGAAAGAGACCUUGCUUCAAACAGAGGAGAAGCUACGGCUGCGGGAGGCGGCCCCCGAGCUGACGGCCGCCGAGCUGCUGGCCUCGGAGGCGGAGCGCCUGGAGGAGGAGCUGGCGUUUGCCCAUGAUCAACUUGCCAACUGGCAGGUCGAGUUCAAGAAACGCGAAGACUUGCUGCGGGGCAUUCCACUGGUCUUUGCGGACUUUUUGGCUCAGAUCAAUGCACCGGACCCUGCACUAUCCAGCAGCAACCUUCGCCCAGAGGAUGCUCCGCGAUUUGUUAUCGCGGCCCUGCAACGGCUGCAGCUCACCAUGGUAAAGCGCGAGGAAGAGCUGAAAUUUGCACAUGAAAAGAUUGCAGAGCUUUCUCAGUACGCUGGCUCUCAGGGUAUGAGCGGAAGCUUCAUUGCCAAGAUGGCCAUGUUGAUGUACCUCCUGGAGGUCUCAGUGCUGUCUGGCAGCGGCUUACGUGAUGCCAAAUGGAAGCCCAGUAGUAACGGCGCGGGGCUUUCAUGCACUGUGGAAAUUCCUGGAAAGGAGGAUAAACUGGUGACCAAGAGCAUUCACACUACAAAGGACCCAGUUUGGAAUCACACUGGAGACUUGCAGAUGUCACACAGUGACAGCUUAUGCUUCACUGUGCAGGGCGAACACAAAAUCGGACAGGCUGUGCUGCCUGCAUCGCGAGCCGUGGUUGCAGGCUUUGAGGGUGACCUCAAGCUGAACGCAACGGAGACUGGCCUGGAGAAUGCCAUGAUCAAGGCAGCCACCAGGAUAUUGUGGCUGCUUGACUUGUUUGUCUCCUUUGCUCCUUACAACCUGUUCUUUCCACGCCCAGCCAACAACAGCAGACAUAGCCAGUACCAUCCAGCGACACCAAUGGUUGCCCGAUCGAAGCAAGCUGCGCUGCGGCUGCCCUUGGUCGUUUGCUUGCUGUGUCUGAAUUAUGGAGGAGAUGGGUUUUCCACGACGACAUUGGCAACUUCGACCACCUCGGCUGGUCUGGGCACUCGCGAGCAGAAGAUGACCUUGUCCCUGUCCAAAGAUGGAACAAAUGUGCAGAAAGAGGGAUCAAGAUACUUGCUUUGGUGCGGCCUGUUGCUGACUGGCAGUGCUCUUGGGGCUUUGCAUUGCAGAAGGACAGCGAGGGCUGCGAAGGCUAUGCCGCAAAGCUCGAAGAGCUAUGCUUUGGCUAUGUCGCGAUUUCAGAUUUUAGGUAUUUGUUGUAUCUUGGCAGCGCAAUAUACGAUGCUGCUGAUCUUUGGGGUCUAUGGCUCUGAGCUCCUGGACCCAGGCGAUGCAAACAAACUCUAUGCCGCCGCCAGUUGGGGCGCUUGCUUUCUUGCAGCGCCAGCAGGAGUUUGCUUUGAUGCCCUGGGGCCAGCAUGGUCAACGCUUCUGGGUGGCGCCAUGAGCGCAUUUGGGUUGGGCACUGCCGCUUUGGUGCUAGGCAGCUAUGGUGCAGCCUCUCUGCUCGUUGCAAGUGUGGGCUACUUGCUCUUUGGAUUUGGCGCCACGUUGCUGAACACAGUGGGGCUCUUGGCAGCGGUGCGAGUGGUUCCCUCUCAACGUUCUGGAAAAGCAGCUGCCUGCGUUUUGUGCUCGGCUGCACUGGGCAUCAGCUUCCACACUGCCGUGCAUGCCAAGUGGUGCCGUGGUGCCCCUUUCCACUUCAUUAACUAUCAGAUCACCUACAGCAUUCUCUCCGCUGUGAUAGGUUUUAUGAUUUUCCGCUCGCAAUCGUGGAAGCUGGCACUGGCUGAAGUCGAAGAGCAGGACGCAGAUGGGAAAUCCAGUGGUGACGCCAGCCCGCAGAGCCAAAGUAGCACCAGGGGAAGGAUUUUUGGCAUCCUGAAAAACAAGGACUUUCCCUGGCUCGCAGCCAUUUAUUUGAUUCCCAUUGCUUAUUGCUUCGCUUGGUUGGGCAACUGGCCAGUGUGUGCCACCAGUCUUGGGCUUCCUGCUGAGGCACAGACUCGCAUUGGCCUCUCCGUCGGCCUGUUCUCUGCCCUGGGCCGUGUGGUCUUCGGUCUGCUGGGAGACUGGGUGCCCAAAGGAAGAGGUCUGGUUGGCUUGGAGCUGGGCUUUACGGCAAGUCUAGGCCUGUUUGCCGGAUCCUUCCUUUUGCUGUGCAUUGAUCAACGGAUGUUCUUUGAGGCUGCCAUGCGGUUGCAAUCCUUGGGCUAUGGUGGGGUGCUGUGCCUUGCAGCCGUGGCUUUGCGCGCCAGCUUCAGUGGUGAGGACUUGGGCACUGCCUUUGGCUUUCUCUACCAGAUCCUCACGGUGACCUUCAUGCUCUUCAAUUGGGCCUGCGUGCCAUCCAGCAACUGUGAGGGUGCGGAAUGCUUUAAGGGCUUCUUCAACCUGAGUGGAGUACUGCAUGUAGGAUGCGUCCUCUGGGGUGUCCGACGUUUGUUGAGAGCAUCGAAACGUGCAGCUUUAGAGACCAAAUCGCCCUAGGUGAUGGUGAGCCGGUUGCGCCGGUUGCUGGUUUAGCCAUGUUUAGCCUGACUUUUCUCAUG